AUGUCACACCACUUUGGGGAUUUCAUGGACUUUGUCUCUCAGCUUCCUAGCGCACUGUGAGUGUUUAUGCGGCUAUCUGGAUAUUAAGGAAUUGACAAUAGAAUGCAACAGAUCUUCCGACUUAAGAUGGCCACUUAGUGAGAGUGCUGUCCCUUUAAUAAUCUGGGGUUUGGAGUACUUCACUGCUUCACCCACAAGAAUGACAGAAGGCUAUAAUGGUGUCCCCCAUCUCACUGUAAUGCCAGAUUAAAACAGCAAAAUCUGUUUUAAUAUAUACUUUAGGGGAUAGAGACCCUCUUGCACAUCUUGUUUUGAUACUUGACUAAAAUACUCUUACUGUUUGUUUGUGUUUCAGUGUGUUUUUGCGCAAUAUUCUAAGAUUAUUCAAUUACAGUAAAUCUCUCUUUUUACGUCUUUACAUAUGGUGUGCAGAAUUAUGAAAGCUCUUAGAGAAUAAAUGAUAGAGAACUCAUCAGAAGUAGCUUUGUGCUUGCAUUUGGUUUUGAAGAGACACACACUGUACAUUUGAAAAUAUUUGACAGUUGAUUGUGUGUAAGUGUUUUAUGUGACGAAGGGAGGGUGUGUGCCAGAUACAGGACUGUCUUACUUGAGAGUGAGUGGACGUGGUCCUAUUCAGUAUGUUUCACAGGGAGUUGCAAUGAAAAAGGGAUAGGAUGGACACUCUAUUGUCAAUGUUCCAGCUGCGUAAUAUUAUGAGUCAAAGGAGAUCUCAUGAGUUCAUGGCACCUCACUUGACUCCAAGUUCAAAGUCCAUAGUUAAAAGCUGUCUAAACCCAUCACUGCACUUACCCAUUCUUGUAAAUCCCCAUGUUUAUGAUGAUGAUCUAAAGUACUUUCAGUUAAAACAGGCCUAACACUGUCUGUAAUGCUUUAAAGAUGUUUCACUUUAGAGACUUUGAACAGAUUCAUCAGAUUAGAGGGGAUCCUAUCCAAGUCCUAUUCAAGCCAUUAUCAUGUACAUUGAGAGGAUCAGGCUAUCAGAGAACUUUGCUGCUACAAGCUAUCUAUCCUAUUUAGCCCAUGCGUGCAUUCUACUUCAGCCUGACGCCUGCUGUGGCAUGUGUGUCUGUUUACAGAUAAUAGGUUUCAGUGGAGCCGGGAGAUUGUCCACCUCAUUAAUCUGUUGUCUCACAAUCAAAUCCCUGAUGCUCAUUUGACAUGCUCAGCUCGUCAUACCUUACAUGUGCACAAACAAAGUGAUUACUUUACAGUAACCGGAAAUUAAUGCGGGAAAGAACAUUAAAUGACACCCUCUGUGUGGAUAGUCUUGUUUUAUGGUACUGACGGCGUGAAGAUAAAAUGUUUUGUUGUUAUUUGGAUGAAGGACAAAAAAACAAUAAAUUAAAAACAGAAUCAUAAAUGAGUUGUUUUCUUAUUAGGCAUAUGUAGGAAGUCACUUUGACAAUGCUGGUCUGUUUAUUAUACUAAACAUACAGUACAUGUAAGACAUAAGCUUUUACAAUGCAAUGAAGUCUAUCACAGAGUCAAGGUUAGGGUUAAAAAACUGUAUUCCUCCUGUUUUUCGUCCUGGGUUUGAGCAACGCUUCAGAUUCAGAAUCACCUUUAUUUGCCAAGUACAUUUGCACAUACUCAGAAUUGUACUUGAUGAUAUGUUACUGCUAGUGAAUGACAACAUUUAGAAACAGAAUACAGACAGCAGAGUUUAAACAAAGUUUACAUAUAUUACACACAACUAGGUAGAGUGAGCAUAGAGCAAUAAGAGGAUGAGCAGUGUAUGGGUACAGUGGGGGAAAAAAGUAUUUAGUCAGCCACCAAUUGUGCAAGUUCUCCCACUUAAAAAGAUGAGAGAGGCCUGUAAGUUUCAUCAUAGGUACACGUCAACUAUGACAGACAAAUUGAGAAAAAAAAUUCCUGAAAAUCACAUUGUAGGAUUUUUAAUGAAUUUAUUUGCAAAUUAUGUUGGAAAAUAAGUAUUUGGUCACCUACAAACAAGCAAGAUUUCUGGCUCUCACAGACCUGUAACUUCUUCUUUAAGAGGCUCCUCUGUCCUCCACUCGUUACCUGUAUUAAUGGCACCUGUUUGAACUUGUUAUCAGUAUAAAAGACACCUGUCCACAACCUCAAACAGUCACACUCCAAACUCCACUAUGGCCAAGACCAAAGAGCUGUCAAAGGACACCAGAAACAAAAUUGUAGACCUGCACCAGGCUGGGAAGACUGAAUCUGCAAUAGGUAAGCAGCUUGGUUUGAAGAAAUCAACUGUGGGAGCAAUUAUUAGGAAAUGGAAGACAUACAAGACCACUGAUAAUCUCCCUCGAUCUGGGGCUCCACGCAAGAUCUCACCCUGUGGGGUCAAAAUGAUCACAAGAACGGUGAGCAAAAAUCCCAGAACCACACGGGGGGACCUAGUGAAUUACCUGCAGAGAGCUGGGACCAAAGUAACAAAGCCUACCAUCAGUAACACACUACGCCGCCAGGGACUCAAAUCCUGCAGUGCCAGAUGUGUCCCCCUGCUUAAGCCAGUACAUGUCCAGGCCCGUCUGAAGUUUGCUAGAGUGCAUUUGGAUGAUCCAGAAGAGGAUUGGGAGAAUGUCAUAUGGUCAGAUGAAACCAAAAUAGAACUUUUUGGUAAAAACUCAACUCGUCGUGUUUGGAGGACAAAGAAUGCUGAGUUGCAUCCAAAGAACACCAUACCUACUGUGAAGCAUGGGGGUGGAAACAUCAUGCUUUGGGGCUGUUUUUCUGCAAAGGGACCAGGACGACUGAUCCGUGUAAAGGAAAGAAUGAAUGGGGCCAUGUAUCGUGAGAUUUUGAGUGAAAACCUCCUUCCAUCAGCAAGGGCAUUGAAGAUGAAAUGUGGCUGGGUCUUUCAGCAUGACAAUGAUCCCAAACACACCGCCCGGGCAACGAAGGAGUGGCUUCGUAAGAAGCAUUUCAAGGUCCUGGAGUGGCCUAGCCAGUCUCCAGAUCUCAACCCCAUAGAAAAUCUUUGGAGGGAGUUGAAAGUCUGUGUUGCCCAGCGACAGCCCCAAAACAUCACUGCUCUAGAGGAGAUCUGCAUGGAGGAAUGGGCCAAAAUACCAGCAACAGUGUGUGAAAACCUUGUGAAGACUUACAGAAAACGUUUGACCUGUGUCAUUGCCAACAAAGGGUAUAUAACAAAGUAUUGAGAAACUUUUGUUAUUGACCAAAUACUUAUUUUCCACCAUAAUUUGCAAAUAAAUUCAUUAAAAAUCCUACAAUGUGAUUUUCUGGAUUUUUUUUCCUCAUUUUGUCUGUCAUAGUUGAUGUGUACCUAUGAUGAAAAUUACAGGCCUCUCUCAUCUUUUUAAGUGGGAGAACUUGCACAAUUGGUGGCUGACUAAAUACUUUUUUCCCCACUGUAUAUACAUACAGUACCAGUCAGAAGUUUGGACACACCUACUCAUUCAAGGGUUUUGCUUUAUUUUUACUAUUUUUCACAUUGUAGAAUAGUAGUGAAGACAUCAAAACUAUGAAAUAACACAUAUGGAAUCAUGUAGUAACCAAAUAAGUGUUAAACAAAUCAAAAUAUAUUUUAUAUUCAAAUAGCCACCAUUUGCCUUGAUGACAGCUUUGCACACUCUUUGCAUUCUCUCAACCAGCUUCAUGAGGUAGUCACCUGGAAUGCAUUUCAAUUAACAGGUGUGCCUUCUUAAAAGUUAAUUUGUGGAAUUUCUUUCCUUCUUAAUGUGUUUGAGCCAAUCAGUUGUGUUGUGACAAGGUAGAGGGGGGGGGGGGGGGGGGUAUACAGAAGAUAGCCCUAUUUGGUAAAAUACCAAGUCCAUAUUAUGGCAAGAACAGCUCAAAUAAGCAAAGAGAAAUUACAGUCCAUCAUUACUUCAAGACAUGAAGGUCAGUCAAUAUGGAAAAUGUCAAGAACUUUGAAAGUGCAGUCGCAAAAACCAUGAAGUGCUAUGAUGAAACUGGCUCUCAUGAGGACCGUCACAGGAAUGGAAGACCCAGAGUUACUCUGCUGCAGAGAUAGUUAUUAGAGUUACCAGCCUUAGAAAUUGCAGCCCAAAUAAAUGCUUCACUGAGUUCAAGUCACAGACACAUCUCAACAUCAACUGUUCAGUGGGGACUGUGUGAAUCAGGCCUUCAUUGUCGAAUUGCAGCAGAGAAACCACUACUAAAGGACACCAAUAAUAAGAAGAGACCUGCUUGGGCCAAGAAACAUGAGCAAUGGACAUUAGACCGGUGGAAAUUUGUCCAAAUUGGAGAUUUUUGGUUCCAACCUCCGUGUCUUUGUGAGACGCGGUGUGGGUGAACGGAUGAUCUCCGCAUGUGUAGUUCCCACCGUAAAGCAUGGAGGAGGAGGUUUUAUGGUGUGGGGGUGCUUUGCUGGUGACAUUGUGUCUGUGAUUUAUUUAGAAUUCAAGGCACACUUAACCAGCAUGGUUACCACAGCAUUCUGCAGCGAUAUGCCAUCCCAUCUGAUUUGGGCUUAGAGGGACUAUCAUUUGUUUUUCAACAGGACAAUGAUCCAACACACCUCCAGGCUGUGUAAGGGCUAUUUUACCAAGAAGGAGACUGGUACUGUACAUUACACACAACUAGGUAGAGUGAGCAUAGAGCUAUAAGAGGAUGAGCAGUGGAUAUACAAAUAUACAGUGGAUAUACAAAUACUCAGUGGAUUUACAGUGGAUAUACAAAUAGUAUCAAAGAUAAUAGCUUGAGCUGAAUGUGUUCCUCUGGCAGUGAGAUUCUGAUUCUGACUCUUCUAUCUUCUCUCAGGCUGGACAGCAGUCUACUGGAGGUCCUACAGAUGGACUUUGAGGUGGAGGAGCUGAGCAGCCAAUCAGACAGCCAGGUGAUCACAUGGCGCCUAGAGUUGCCACCAGACACUAGGGAUGGGGGACAGAAAGAAGGUUCCAUGAGGAUCUACACCACCCAGAGAGACUUUGUGGGCCUAGCCCCACUCGUUAUGGUGAGCACCGACUAACAAUUAAUCUCUAGCACCAUAUGCAUAUAGUACUUUCACCUGUGACAUUUGCUAUUGCAAAUGUUGUGUUUGGCCUUGGAUGUGGGCUCCAGCAUUACACCCUUUUUGAGUUACAACAACAAUCUUUGUGAUCAUUGCUUGUUUGUAUAUGAGGUCUAGUGUGGGUACUGUGACCUAAUGCACUGUGUAUUCAUGACAUUGACGCCUGUCCUGAUGUACCAGGAGGUUGUCAGUCUCUGACAGCUGCUUCUCUAUUGUUUCUUUUUCUAUUUUUGUGUUUUGUAUCUUUUAAUAUAGGACCCCUGCAAUUAAUCCAUCAUAUAAUCUCUGUCACUAAAUAGUGGAUGUUAUAAAUGCCUUGGGAGGAAUUUGCAUUACAAUAUCCAAUCUGCCCUUAGCCCUUUGUGCUACUACAAUCAAGGGGCCCAGCUGAACUUUAAAGCCAUUAUUGUUUGUUUUCAUGGGAGAUUUAGAAUCUCUGCCUAGUAAUAUUUUCAACAUCAUAUCUUUCAAAAUGUUCCAUCUUUUAUGAUACAGUUUUUGUCCAUUUAUUACAAAAAAUGAUUUAAUAGUGUUUUGUAAAUUAAUGUUUGAAAACAGUAAAAACCUUGAUUGUCUUUCAAUCACUCUGUCUAUAUCAUACAAUAGACAGUAUUUUGAAAAUGAUACAGUUGAAAGGCACUGAAAUAUGAAGGCAUUGGAAACUUGAUUUUGGUUUGAAAUUUGACACUCAUAGACUAUAUGUAACAUAGUAAAUUCAAUUUAUUAUUCAAAUUAGUAUGAUAUGUAUGAUUUGGUAUGGUUACAUAAGACUGAUGUUAGGGCUACUUAAGGCAAAAAUGAAAGAAGGGUGGUUGGUCGCGGUGGAUUGGUGGACCUGUAACGCGGACGUCUAAGAACCCACAGAUUGCGCGUUCGAAUCUCAUCACGGACAACUUUAGAAUUUUAGCUAAUUAGCAACUUUUCAACUACUUUUUAGCUACUUUGCAACUACUUAGCAUGUUAUCUAACCCUUUCCCUAACCUUAACCCUUUUAGCUAACCCUUCCCUAACCCUAACCUUAACCCUUUAACCUAACUCCUAACCUUAAUCCUAACUCCUAUCCCUAACCCCUAGCCUAGCUAAUGUUAGCCAGCUAGCUAAUGUUAGCGUUAGCCACCUAGCCACCUAGCUAACAUUAGCCAAAACAAAUUAGAAUUCGUAACAUAUCAUAAGUUUUGCAAAUUCUUAACAUAUUGUACAUUUAUCAAAUUCAUAACAAAUUGUACUUUUGGCAAAAUCAUAACAUAUCAUACGAAUUGUCAAAAAACAUAUCAUAUGAAAUGGAUGAUGGACAUCCACAAAUUAAUACAUACCGUACACAACGUAACAUAUCAUACUAAAUGGAGUGUCUUGGAUUUAUGUACAGAAGCAUACAAAAUGCUCUGAGACUAGGUUGUUUGAUAUGGUCCAUCUCAAUCAUGGAUUAGAUGUUGACCUCAGGCUUCUAGCCAAACAUGAGGAGAUUUGAUGUUUGGCCAGAGGGGCAAUACUGGUUGGAGCUACAGUUAUAUUAACAAUAAAAUAAGGAUUUAUACUGAUUGCUUGUAUUUCCUGGCAGAGAUGUGGUUUCUGGAAUUUUGGUAUCACAGUUUAAUUCCAAAAUAUAUUUUUCUACCAGCGAUGGGAACUCACAACUUCGGGUCAUGUUUCCACACGCAAUUCCUCCCCUGCUCCCGCUUCCUACAUACAACAAGCCUACAGUGCCUUCAGAAAGUAUUCACACCCCUUGUCUUUUUCCACAUUUUGUUGUGUUACAGCCUGUAUUUAAAAUUGAUUAAAUUGAGAUGUUGUGUCACUGGCUUACACAAAAUACCCCAUAAUAUCAAAGUGGAGUUAUGUUUUUAGAAAUGUUUAGACAUUUUAAAACAAAUGAAAAGCUGAAAUGUCUUGAGUCAAUAAGUACUCAACCCCUUUGUUAUGGCAAACCUAAAUACAUUCAGGAGUAAAAAUGUGCGAAAACAUGUUUUCUCAUGUUUUCAAUUGAAUCCAUUUAGAAUUCAGGCUGUAACACAACAAAAUGUGGAAUACGUCAAGGGGUAUGAUUACUUUCUGAAGGCACUGUAUAUCUUAACCAUGAGUAGUUAGGAGGUUACAGUAGGCCAAUAUCUCAUUAAACCUACACUGAGUGUACAAAACAUGCUCUUUCCAUGACAAAGACUGACCAGGUAAAUCCAGGUGACAGAUAUGAUCCCUUAUUGAUGUCACCUGUUAAAUCCACUUCAAUCAGUGUAGAGUUUUAAGGCUUGCGACAAUUGAGACAUGGAUUGUAUAUGUGUGCCAAUGAGAGAGUGAAUGGGCAAGACAAAAUAUUUAAGUGCCUUUGAACGGGGUAUGCUAGUAGGUGCCAGGCGCACCAGUUUGAGUGUGUCAAGAACUGCAAUGCUGCUGGGUUUUUCACACUCAACAGUUUCCGGUGUGCAUCAAGAAUGGUCCAACACCCAAAGGACAUCCAGCCAAUUUGACACAACUGUGGGAAGCACUUGAGUCAACAUGGGCCAGCAUCCCUGUGGAAUGCAUGUGAUGCCUUGUAGAAUCCAUGCCCCAAUGAAUUGAGGCUGUUCUGAGGGCAAAAAGGGGUGCAACUCAAUAUUAGGAAGGUGUUCCUAAUAUUUUGUACACUUAGUGUAUAGCCAGACUGAUGAUGUGUUCCCUUUAGGACUCAGAGAUCCUGAACACAGCUGUGCUAACUGGGAAGAAGGUGGUGAUGCCUGUCAGGACCGUGGCUGUGGAGGAGGACGGGUCAGUCACUGAUGUCUCAGACUUCACCGACUGUAGCUCCACUGAUGAGGACAUCCUGAAGGUACAGCAGGCUGCCUGCCACUUGAUGCCACAGUGGCAUCUAGCAUUUACAGUUGUGUAGAGGGUGUAUGUGUUUUAAAACCCCAUCUUAGUGGUGGAGGUACUUGGAGGUGUAGACAUGAAGAUGUCAGACAGAGUUGCUAAACACAGAGCAUUGCAACACAGACGUUUUGGGGCUACUCUAACAUUCACCUUCAUUUCUUUCACUGAAAGCAACUUUACUGUACAUACACUCUUAGAAAAAAGGGUUCCAAAAGGGUUCUUCGGCUGUCCCCAUAGAACCUUUUUGGUUCCAGGAAGAACACUUUUGGGUUCCAUGUAGAACCCUCUUUGGAAAGGGUUCUACAUGGAACCCAAAAGGGUUCUUCAAAGGGUUCUCCUAUGGGGACCUGUUUUGUGUGCAUGUGUCAUUGCCAGCAUGCCAUGGUACCUUGCAGAUCUGUGGUGUGAACAAACGUCCAAUAACCAAGGAGAUUAUUUGAGGUCAUGUGAAGACCAGACUGUUUUGACUGUGGUUAGGAGGGAGUAGAGUGCUGGAUGUGUGUUUGUCCUGUCUGGCUGCUAUGAGACAGGAGGGGCAUUUAGUGUGGGUGUAAGAGGGGAGGAGAGACUGCUAAAGGCAAAGAAGUUGUAUCAAAGUCACCUCCACAUUCUCUCUUCCACAUAACAAAACAAUAGUGAUAGUGGAUAGGAUAGGAUAGUGACGUCCUCCAUCAAGCCAAUCAGCUGCUGAAAUGGACACAUAACAGGAAAUGACAGGGAAACAAAGGAAAAACUAAACUCAUAGUUAUUUUUUUUGUUGUUGCACAAGGUCUCUUUGUUAUUACAGCCAUUCGGCUAAUCUAAGUAUAAUUAUACAUUAAAACAAAGGCUUAUCCAAGACACAUUUGUUUGUUGUUAUUCUGUAUUUUAGGAGAUCCAUUAGUACAUGAUCACAGGAAAUAAGUGGUGUCUGUUGUGUAAAGUAAUGGAGUGUUUUAGAUAUGAGAUCAGUGGGAUUAUGUAAAUCACAAUGUAAAUCACUGCAUUUUAAAACAUGACCAUGAUAAAAUAUGACCCUUUAUAGUUGCCCCUAGCUGUGUGUGUGUGUUUUCUGAUCAGAUAUCAGUAAGCUUGAGUCACAAAAUUCCCCUUAAGCUUCUUAGUUUAGCGGCUCUACUCAGAUAUCUUUGCUCUUAUGAUGCAUGUGAAAGAAAUUAUGAAAUCCGCAGAUGAUAAAUGGCAAGGCUUUAUUCCAUUAAAACAUUUUCUGGUCUGAAAUGCCAAAACAAAGUCAAAUCUGUGAUGAUAAAGAGGCUUUUAAGAAGUAUGGAAACAUUUGCUUUGUCAGUUAUGUGUGAAGAGAGUAAUAGGUACUUUGUGAAAAACCAUGAGAUUAAGAUUAAUCUGGCACGUCAAAUAUCAAAAUCAAGCACAAUGACAAAUGGUUAUCUUUAAAUUGAUAUGAAUAAAAGGAUAUUCUCUGUAAAUUUGUAGCAUUUUGUGUCAUGAAUACAGUAUACUCACUGCAACCUUUGAUAUUUAUACCAUGCAGUUGGUAUCCACCCUGUCAGCACAGUUACUGAUAAAUGUUUGUGAGUUAAGAGAAAGCUUAAAUACAUCUUGUUGACCUGAAAGAGAAAUGUUUUCACUGCUAUGCCACUUGUCUUUCUUCACUUCACUCAGUAUCAAGGCAGAGUGAGAACGUCUCUCUUUCAGGUCAACAAGAUGAAUUUCAUUUGCAUCUUUCCCUCGACUCACAAACAUUUAUCAGUAACAUCAAAUGAAACGUUAUAUUCUGUGCUCCAUGUUGAGAUUGUGUCUUUGGAGCCUUGCAGGAGACUUGACUCUGCACUGCAAAACUCAACACCUUUGAAAUAAAAUGAUCCUCUGUAGCUCAGUUGGUAGAGCAUGGCACUUGCAACAUCAGGAUAGUGGGUUUGAUUCCCGGGACCACCGUACUUAAAAUGUAUGUAAGCAUGACUGUGGAUAAAAGCAGAUACAAGUGUCUGCUAAAUGGCAUAUGUUAUUAUAUACACUAUACAUACAAAAGUAUGUGGACACCUCUUCAAAUUAGUGAAUUUGGCUAUUUCAGCAACACCCGUUGUAUAAAAUCUAGCACACAGCCAUGUAAUCUCCAUAGACAAACAUUGGCAGUAGAAUGACCCGUACUGAAGAGCUCAGUGACUUUCAACAUGGCACUGCCAUAGGAUGCCACCUUUCCAACAAGUCCGUUCGUAAAAUGUCUGCCCUGCUAGUGCUGUCCCGGUCGAUUGUAAGUGCUGUUAUUGUGAAGUGGAAACGUCAAGGAGUAACAACGGCUCAGCUGCGAAGUGGUAGGCCACACAAGACCACAGAACAGGACCACUGAGUGCUGAAGCGCGUAGCGCGUAACAACCGCCUGUCCUCGGUUGCAACACUCACUACCGAGUUCCAAACUGCCUCUGGAAGCAACGUCAGCACAAUAACUGUUCGUCGGGAGUUUCAUGAAAUGGGUUUCCAUGGCCGAGCAACCGCACACAAGCCUAAGAUCACCAUGCGCAAUGCCAAGCGUCAGCUGGAGUGGUGUGUGGCAACUGACUUUGUGGCAACAGUUUGGGGAAGGCCCUUUCUGUUUCAGCAUGACAAUGCCCCUAUGCACAAAGCGAGGCCCAUACAGAAAUGGUUUGUCGAGAUCGGUGUGGAAGAACUGGACUGGCCUGCACAGAGUCCUGACCUCAACCCUAUCGAAAACCUUUGGGGUGUUUUGGAAUGCCGACUGCGAGCCAGGCCUAAUCGCCCAACAUCAGUGCCCAACCUCACUAAUGCUCUUGUGGCUGAAUGAAAGCAAGUCCCCGCAGCAAUGUUCCAACAUCUAGUGGAAAGCCUUCCUAGAAGAGUGGAGGCUGUUAUAGCAGCAAAGGGGGGAUCAACUCCAUAUUAAUGCCCAUGAUUUUGGAAUGAGAUGUUCGAUGAGCAGCUGUCCACAUACUUCUGGUAAUGUAGUGUAUAUUAAAUAUUUUGGGGAUUGUUUUUUAUUAUGUUGCCAUGUUAACAUGGAAGGGUUUGUGACUCAACGAGCGUUAACUAAUAUGGAGUAUCUUGGAGAUGAGAGGACGAGGACUCUUACCUGGGAGCCUCAUGCUGAACAGACACUCUCAGAUUAAGGAUGAUUGUCUGACCUUAUCUACCGUCUCUGGAUGAAAAUGAUUCAUGAAAACUCUUCAUGACCUCAUUGAAAAAAUAUCAGUACAUAAUAGCACAGACAGUUGUUCAUAAGUUUGCAGAACUGCAUUGUGGGCCCUAAUGUUACAUAAGUCUGCUUUGAUUGGAUGAGAAGCUGCAGCACCUUUCCAACUAUAUCCUCCAUGUUGAUCCUGGAUAGAGUAUUUUAACCAGAACAGCAUUGUAGUUAAUGAGUGCAAGGUAAUUAUUGUCACAGGAUGUCACAGGACCCCCCACAACCAACAGGAAAUUACUCAGACAGUGCAUCUUCUAAUUGCUAAAUUCAUGAAUAGGUAGAUUAGCAAUCUCUGCCAUUUGCAUUCCUCCUUGAGCCGUCUGUCAAAGUCAGUGCCAUUAUUUUCUGCUCCCCUGAGCACUUACGGGAGCCAAUGACAACUGUAUUUCAAUGCUCCGUAAAUUAUCCAAUUGAUUAAAGCAAGGGAUGUUGAUAGAACCAGGCCGAAUCUUAACUAUGUCUUCCAGGGUUUCAAAAAGCGCAUGAGAUUUCUCAAUGGGCUGACAGAAACUACUGGCCAAGGUUACAUUAAAUUAAAAUGUAAUGAAUGUGUUCUUGGGUAGGGUUGUGAAGGAUUGAUGUCCAAUAUAACAGUGUGUUAUUGGAUUAACAUACAUUUGCAAUGUUAUAUCUUAUUAUGGCCUGUGCCUUGUGUUCAGUGUGACAGUUUAUUACAGCUGUUUGACUAUUAUUUGACUAUAUUAUUACCAUAGUGGAGCAAGUUACAGCAGAACGAUUUGUUGAGUUCAUUAAAGCUUGGGCAACUAUUUGUCUAGGUUAAGGAUAACUUAGAGCCUGGUUUCAUUAUCUCUCCUUUUCAUUAGUGUAGCUAAGCAUCUCAUAUAAAAUCUCUGUAUCAUUUAAUGACCAGGAUAAAUGCUAUAUUAUUUCAAAACUGUACAUACAGUAGUUUAAUUUAGAAGACUGGUCAUAUGCUUAUACAGUAUAGCAUAUUUACCCAUGAAUAGCAUAUAUGACAAGAAAUGUAUGUUUUUGGUUAGACCUGUUCUGAUGAUUUAACCAUUGUUAUUUUUUCUGCCCCCCCUGUCCAGGUGUCAGACAGGUGUGACUAUGUGUUUGUGAAUGGGAAGGAGAUGAAGGGCAAGGUGAGGAUGAUGGUGAACUUCACCUACAGCUACCUGAGUGCUCAGCUGGAGAUGAACGUGUGGAUCCCACGGCUGCCCCUCCAGAUCGAGGUGUCUGACACAGAGCUCAGCCAGAUCAAGGGGUGGAGGGUGCCCAUUAUCACCACCAAGAGGUACAGUAGGACCCACAAAACAGCCACCCCCAUUCCUGUCACACAGUAAAACCUCCACCCACUGUACAUACUAGUGUACAUACAUACUGUAGGUACAGUGGGUAAAGGGACCAGUAUAGAGGUCUAGUGGCCUAAAAGGCAGCCCGUAGCUCUAAAAUGAGUGUACAUUUUUAGCACAAAUAAUACUUCGCAAAGAGCUCAGGCUUGUGUUAUAAUACUAUUACGUAAUGUGAUCCAAUUUGAUUUGAAUUUUGUAAUUUUUAAGUGUGCCCUGUGCCGUAGCGUAAUACAGUGUUUCUCUUCAUUCCCUAGGCUCAGCUGGAACAGCGAGGAGAAGGAGGAGGAGAAGAAGGGUAAAGGCUGCAUGUUGCAGUUCCAGCAUGCCCUGGUGCGUGUGAUCACACACUUCAUAGCCAAGCAGUCGGACCCCCGGGAACCCCAGGCCUACUUCCUGGGCUCAGACUGGCAGGUGGACGUCACCAGGCUGGUCCGCUACUUCCUCAAGGUGGAGGACCCUCGCAUCGCCAGACUGCAGGCAGGCAGGGUGCUGUUAGGACAAGACGUGGGGACCACCUCCAUCCAGGUAUGGUAACCAUCAGGCCUGAUUGGAAGCAUGACUGAUUGCAUGUUUAACUGGGCCUUCAUCCAGAGAUAUUGACAUGAUGUGAUAUCUAAUGCUCUCUGUGUUUUGUGCCUGAGCAGGUGUUCUCCCCCCUGUCUGACUCCAUCCUGGCAGAGAAGACUGUGACGGUGGUGGAUGACAAAGUGACCAUCACAGAGCUGGGGGUGCAGCUGGUCACUGGCCUGGCUCUGUCCCUGCAGCUCAGCCCAGGAAGCAACAGGGCUAUCCUCGCCACGGCAACCACACAGGAAGUGCUGCAGAGCCCCAAACAGGUGCCGUUUACGAUCUUCUUGAAUGUCAAUCAGAUCAGACAUAGGUGUACUGUAGAUUAUUGAGUUUAAUAAUAUUCAAUUAAAGUAAAACAAAAAUCUGGCUAUUUGUUCUCGUCAGGAGGCUGUGUUUAGUUCCUGGGUCCAGUUCAGCGAUGACUCCAUGACCCCUCUGGACAUCUAUGACCCUGCCUACUACCGUGUGACGGUGACCUCUCUGGAUGAGGGCGUGGUGUCGGUGCAGGGCUCCCCGCCUGCAGUGGUGGCAGAGGGUGAGGGACAGGGAGUGCUGGUCAGGGUGGAGAUGGCCAUCUGUGAGGCCUGCCAGAAGUCCAAACGAAAGAGCACCCUGGCCGUGGGCAGUGGCAGCCUCAAGGUCAAGUUCCAGGUCAACAGCCGGCGCUUUGACAGCAGCAACAGCAGCAGCAGCAGUAGUGGAGGUGGAGGUGGAGGUGGUGGGGUUGGCAGUGGCAGAAGUAAGGACAGCAGCAGUGACUAUGGGAACGAUGGGGAGGAGGUGGACAGUGAGAGGAAGCAGCCCCAGCAGACCCUGCCCAGCAGCUCCGCCUCUGAGCGGGAGGAGAGCGCCAUGCGCAAGGUCACCACCACCGCCAAAUCCACCGAGCAUGACUCCGCUCCGGGCGUGUCCAGUGAUGGCAGCAGCCAGGGCGGUGUAGGCGGAGUCAGUGAAACAGGAAGUUUCUUAAAUGCUGGAACCCUCAACAGCCCUGCCAGCCCUAUCAACGACAGUGAUUAUAGCAGCCCUAAUGACUAUAGGACAGCUGAAGGGACAGACAAUGGGCUAGUUGAAGAUAUAGGUAGUGUUGCAGUCAGUAGCACUGUGAAGGCACCUGGUAACCUGGUCAACUACAAUAACUUCCCCUCUCAGGAGGAGGUGCCUGACCAGGAGCCAGUGGGGGUGGACAUGGGCAGCGAGGACAUGCUGUCCAACCGGCCACUCUCAGACCUGGAGAUUGGCAUGUACGCCCUGCUGGGGGUCUUUUGUCUGGCCAUCCUGGUCUUCCUGGUGAACUGCAUCUCCUACGUGGUAAAGUUCAGGCACAAACAGCCCCCCUCUCACGGCCAGGAGCCCACGGGGCACAGGCAUGACUGGGUGUGGCUGGGCACAGACGCUGAGCUUGUGAUGAACGUGCCUGGCAGUCCUCCCCAGCAAGACAACCACAGCGCCACCACAGUCAUAGACAUUGGGUCUGAUAAGACUGCAUCUCUGCCCAGGCGACCCAGCUGCCUAGUCUCCUCUAGCCCCUCCUCUCCUCUGGGCUGUGGGGGCUCCCUCAGGGCCAAGUCCAUGAACCGCACCGAGUCCAUCCACUCCCCCACCAGUAAGAGGAAGAGGGUCCAGUUCACCACCUUUGCCUCUCUGGACCGUCAGCACUCCCCACACCUCCCCAGAGAGAACGGCCAUGGCAUCCACUGGGUGGGGAAGGAGGAGAACUGUGUUGAACCCCAAGUGCCCAUCACAGAGCCCGUGGACCAUUUAUAA